AUGGGCGGGCCCUGCGAAUCGGGCGCAACGUUUCCCAUGCUUCCUGAAGACGGCAGCACCAUGCAAACCUUUUUGCUGCGCAUCGAACGACGGUACACCCAGAUGGGCUUGGAGCCCUGCGACAGGGGAAACGCGCUUAUUGACCACCUUGUGGACCCGGCUCCGCGUUAUUGGAUGUAUCUCCGGAGAACUAGCGACCUAAGUGACUGGGCGACGGUCAAGCGCCGGCUUUUGGAACGGUUCGACAAAACAAUGUCGCAGAGUCAAUUUUUGACGGAAUUGGCCAAGGUACGGUGGAAUGGCAACCCUAAGGAAUACACGGACCAGUCUGCGGCUGUAGCGGAGCGUGACGUGGGGAUCACUCCCAAAGAACUCGCUGACUAUUACUGCACCGGGCUACCGACGGACCUACUUCUUCUCAUAACGGGCAGCAAGGGAGAACGUACCAAGCGUCCGGGGGAGACCUGUAAGAAGUGUGGCAGUGUGGGACACUAUGCUCUGGACUGUCCUACAUACGACCGAGGCAGGAGUGGGCCCGAGGGCAAAAGCAGUAGACAGCCCACUCGUCUCAGCACUGAGAGGACUGAACGUUUAAACGACAAGGUCUUGCUUAGUCGCAAGCAUAUACCGGCUUUGAAGAGCUGCCCUAAGUUGGAGCCCCGUUGCCGAGGACCCUGUGGAGUCAUCGAACGUAUAGAGACCAUCGCCUACCGUCUCGCCUUGCCCGUCACUUAUGAAUGCCACAACGUUUCCCAUGUUUCGCAGUUAGUUCCCCAUUGCCCCCACCUCCCCGACUUGGUUUCCCAGGGAGCCGACGCCGGCUGGCUCCCCAUCCGCAAUGCGGCAGGCAUUCCAACAAAGGAUUAUGAGGAAAAUUUUAUCGUGGACCAGCGCGGCCCAGGAGCCGACGCCCCAGGACCUCGUCAAGUGGCGCGGAAUCCCUGA